AUGGUUCGGUCAACUAUUCUCGCGACUGUCGCCCUCGGCGCACAGUUAGUUCAUGGCCAGUACAUCGAUGAACAGGUCUAUCCUUCUCCCAACGCAACCGGCGCCGGAGACUGGCACGCAGCCUUUCUCCGCGCCACCUCCGCCGUUGCACAACUCAACAUCACUGAAAAAGCAUUCCUAGUCACAGGCGUCACGGGCCCUUGCGUCGGCAACAUUGCUGCAAUCCCACGCAUAGGCUUUAACGGCCUCUGUCUCCAGGAUGGGCCUUUGGCUAUUCGAGAAGUUAGCUAUGCGAGUGUGUUCCCUGCGGGUGUCUCUGUGGCGGCGACUUGGGAUAGGGGCUUGCUUUAUCAGCGUGGUGUAGAUAUGGGAGCUGAGUUUAGAGGAAAGGGCGCGCAUGUUGCACUUGGGCCUGUUGCAGGACCUCUAGGGCGAUCUGCCCUUGGCGGCAGAAACUGGGAGGGCUUCUCGCCCGAUCCCUAUUUGACCGGCAUCUCCUUUGCCGAGACAAUCAAAGGAAUGCAAUCCCAAAAAGUGCAGGCAUGCGGCAAACACUACAUCGGGUACGAACAAGAAACCCAGCGCAACCCCUCGACCUACCCCAACGGCACAACCGAGCAAGAAGCCGUCUCCUCCAACAUCGAUGACCGCACACUCCACGAAUUGUAUCUAUGGCCCUUUUAUGAAGGCGUUAAGGCCGGCAUGGCGUCGAUUAUGUGUAGCUACAACCGUAUCAAUGAGACAUAUGCAUGCGAAAACAGCAAGACUCUCAACGGGCUACUCAAAGAGGAGCUCGGAUUUCAGGGUUAUGUCGUAUCAGACUGGGGCGGUACACACUCGGGUCUUAACUCGGCGCUAUCCGGAUUGGAUAUGGAUAUGCCCGGCGCACUUGACUGGGUUGAUAGUGCCGCCACCUCGUAUUUUGGGAACAAUCUGACCACGAUGAUCAACAAUGGCAGUCUCUCGGAGUCGAGACUUGAUGAUAUGGUGAAACGCAUCCUGACGCCAUACUACUAUCUCAAUCAGGAUUCGAAGGAUUAUCCGACUAUUGAUCUCGAUACAGCGCAGAUAUCUAAUGGAUUGUUUGGAAAUGAUUUGCCGUCUUUCUCCUACCCUUUCAAUACGGGAAAUUUGUCCGACAUCAAUCGAGAUGUCAGAGGUAAUCACCGCGACCUGAUUCGGGAAAUAGGCGGUGCGAGUGCAGUCCUUCUCAAGAAUAUAGACAAUGCCCUCCCCUUGUCAAAAAAAAUCAAACGCAUCUCAGUCUUUGGCAAUGACGCAGCUGAUCUAUCCGGAGGACCGUACGAUCCAUCAAACACAAACGGCGUGCUGGCUGUUGGCGGUGGUUCGGGAGCAGGUCGAUUCACGAACCUCGUCGCACCGCUAGAGGCAAUCAAGUACCGCAACCCUCACGCCUUGGUGCAAUAUAUCACAGACAAUACCCUUUUGACUCAAGGCGCCAGCAACUUCCUGGGUCAAUCCUCAAGCACACUGGACACAGUCUACCCAGCUGCUGACGUCUGUCUUGUAUUCCUCAAAUCAUACGCAACCGAAGGCUACGACCGCACCACUUUGAUCGCAGACGACAACUCCACCGCUCUCGUCGAAGCCGUUACCAGCUACGGCGGCUGUCCCAACACCAUUGUCAUCCUCCACUCUGUCGGCGCAAACCUCUUACCCUGGGCAGACAACGCCAACGUCACGGGUAUCAUCGCCGCGCAUCUUCCCGGCGAGCAAGCAGGCAACUCUAUCGUCGACGUGCUAUUUGGCGAUGUUAAUCCAUCUGGAAAACUCCCGUACACAAUCGCGUACAACGCAAGCGACUACAACGCGCCGAUUGUAAAUUUCACGGACGUCGACAACAGUGAUACGAAUCUUUGGCAGGCGAAUUUUACCGAGGGCCUGAUGAUUGAUUAUCGUCAUUUCGAUUAUCAGAAUAUCACGCCGCGGUAUGAGUUUGGUUAUGGGUUGUCGUACACCAACUUCUCGAUAUCGAAUCUACUCGUUUCGACGAAUGCGAGCCGUGUGUCAGCGACUCCCCGCGCUCUUAAUGGAACUGUUGCGCCGCCGGGAGGAAACUCAGAUCUAUACACCGUGCUUUCCAGUGUGCAAGUCACUGUGCAGAAUACAGGCAAACUCGCAGGUCGUGCCGUGCCGCAGGUUUAUCUGUCAUUCCCUUCAUCUCAGACCAAUAUCUCUGAUGACGGACUGCCGACCCCGGUCAAGGUACUUCGCGGGUUUGAUAGAACCAACGUCCUGUACUCAGGACAGUCGGUUACGCUGACCUUUAAUCUGAGGCGCAUAGAUGUUUCGUCGUGGGAUGUGGUGAAGCAGGAAUGGGUGAUUCCGUCGGGAACAUUUGGUGUGUUGGCUGGGUGGAGUAGUCGCGAUUUGCCUCUGAGUGGGAGUUUGAAGUUGCUGUAA